GGGAAUCCCUAGUCAAAGCGAAGGAGUCAGCGUACUGGCUGAGGAGCCAGGAGUAACGGGACAAGGAGGGAAAGGCCGGAGGGGGAAAAUGACAAGGGAGCGCGAGCGAACGAGAGAAAAAACCCUCCCCGCCCCUCGCCGACGCGCUUAAAACCCGCCUUCAGCCUCAACAUCCGGGUUCUCGUUAACAACGCCGCUGCUGCCGCCGCCCGUACGCGGCUCUUUCUCUUUCGCGCUUCAUUGAAGGGAACUGUCGGCGGCAAGCUCAGCCUUUUGCCUCGGCCGCGGGGGGUGGGGUGGUGUCGAAGGAAGGGAAAGGGGACGCGCGCCCAAGCGCGCACCUGCGUUGCCCGUGUGUGUGUGUGGGUACGUAGAGUGAAGAUGGCGGCGGCGGCGGGAGGAGGGCGAGCCGGUUCCUCGGCUUCUCCCGGGCUGGGCUCCGGGUAUACAAACAGCAGCAGCAGCAGCAACGCGGAUUCGCGAACGGGGGGCGAUGAGGACGACGGGCAGAAUCUUUGGUCUUGCAUCCUCAGCGAGGUGUCCACUCGUUCGCGAUCAAAAUUGCCUUCGGGGAAGAACGUCUUGCUGCUGGGAGAAGAUGGAGCAGGUAAAACUAGUUUGGUUAGAAAACUUCAGGGAAUUGAGGAAUACAAGAAAGGAAGAGGAAUGGAAUAUUUGUACUUAAAUGUACAUGAUGAAGACAGAGAUGAUCAAACAAGAUGUAAUAUAUGGAUACUGGAUGGUGACCUUUAUCAUAAAGGUCUACUGAAAUUUGCAAUGGAAUCUAGUUCUCUAAAGGACACUUUGAUUAUGCUGGUUGUAGAUAUGUCUAAACCAUGGACUGCAUUAGAUUCUUUACAAAAAUGGGCAAGUGUUGUACGGGAGCAUAUUGAUAAGCUAAAAAUUCCUCCUGAAGAAAUGAAAGAAAUGGAACAAAAAAUGGUAAGAGACUUCCAAGAAUACACAGAACCAGGGGAAGACUUUCCAGCUUCUCCACAGAGAAGAAAUACAUCAUUACAAGAAGAUAAAGAUGAUAGUGUCAUUUUACCGCUGGGUGCAGAUACACUAACAUGUAAUUUAGGCAUUCCUGUAGUAGUAGUUUGUACAAAGUGUGAUGCCAUUAGUCUGCUGGAAAAGGAACAUGAUUACAGAGAUGAGCACUUUGAUUUCAUUCAGUCACACAUUCGACGGUUUUGUUUACAGUAUGGUGCAGCACUUAUUUACACUUCGGUAAAGGAAAAUAAGAAUAUUGAUUUAGUGUAUAAAUAUAUUGUCCAGAAAUUAUAUGGAUUUCCCUUCAACAUACCUGCUGUAGUUGUGGAAAAAGAUGCAGUAUUUAUUCCUGCAGGAUGGGACAAUGAAAAGAAGAUAGGAAUAUUGCAUGAAAACUUUCAGGCUUUAAAAGUGGGUGACAGUUUUGAAGAUAUUAUUACAAAGCCACCAGUCAGAAAGUUCGUACACGAGAAGGAGAUAAUGUCAGAAGAUGAUCAAGUAUUUCUUACAAAGCUGCAGUCUCUGUUAGCAAAACAGCCACCUACUGCAGCUGGAAGACCAGUGGAUACCUCACCAAGAGUCCCUGGAGGAUCCCCAAGGACACCAAACAGAUCAGUAACCUCCAAUGUUGCCAGUGUUACGCCCAUUCCUGCUGGAUCAAAAAAAAUUGAUCCUAGUAUGAAAGCUGGAGCCACAAGUGAGGGAGUCCUGGCUAACUUUUUCAACAGUUUGCUGAGUAAGAAAACUGGCUCACCUGGAGGACCUCCUGGUGUUGGUAGUCCUGGAGGAGUAGGAGGCACUGGCAGUAGUGGUAGCAGCAACCUGUCACCAUCUGUGAAAAAGCCAGGCCAGAAGCCUGUCUUAACUGACGUUCAGGCUGAAUUGGACAGAAUGUCAAGAAAACCAGAUCUGGCCUCUCCAACAACACCUACAUCCCCCACAGAAGGUGAAGCAUCUUGAAGACACCAAACAUAGCCAUUUAUUUGGUUUUCUGGGGUGAUUUAACCUUCCUUCUGUGACUGGAACUAGGGAGCGGAAACUUUUUCAGAGAAGGACAAGCAGUUGAUGUAUUUUGUGUUGCCCAUUUUGUAAAAGGGAACUGUACAGAUGGAAAAAUGUAACACAAUGUGAGACUGGUAUUCACAGUACAAUGUGGCAUUCACAAGUAUCUGGAUUUUGUUUAAAAGUCAGUGUUAAUUCUGUAAAAUUGGAAACAUCCACUUAAUUAUUUGUAAUGCAAAAGGCUGAUUGAAGACUUGGAAAGGUGAUAUGCAACACAGGCACUUAAUUUAUAUUGCUCUCCCAAUCUUUUUAGUUUAAUGCAAUUUUACAAAUUAACCUCAAGGGGGAGGAUUUACUAGUUUUGUUGGAAAGAGAUCAAUCAAUUGUUGUUUUUGUGCACCAUCAAUAAACUAACUCAAAUAAAAUGUAAUACUUCAUUUGGAAUACAA